AUGCUGGGGCCGGCGGCGCGGCUGGCGCUGGGCGCGGGGGAGCUGCCGGGGCGGCUGCUGGCGCUGCUCUGGCCGGCGCUGGUCCUGGCGGCCGCCGCGGCCGCGCUGAUGGAGGAGGAGGAGGAGGGGGAGGAUGCCCUCGCGGGGGCCGGCGGCCGGGCGGCCGGGGCGCUGCCGUCGCGGCAGCCGGAGGAACAAAGGCGCACGGCGCAGGUCCCAGUAAAUGGCCAAGUUAUCACAUCAGUCAACAUCAGAGAGAAAAAGCUCCUCAAGCCCAAGAAGAAGAGGAAAAUCCAGUGCUCAGACAAGGAGGUGCCAAAAGAUCUGCUUUCUGUGGAAAAAGACAAACCGCAAGAAGAGGAAGGAGUUUGGCAGACCAAGAUCAGCAGCCGUGAAAAGAGACACUUAAGGAAGGAAAGGCUGAAACAAAAAGACCCCAGCAGAGCAUCCCUGGGUAGCUCAGCGGUUGAGCCAGCCUUUGACUGGGAUGAGAAGGGAGCGGUGUGGCCACUCACAGGGGACACCAGUGGUGGUGGAAAAGGUGCUCUCUUUGCCAAGGCAGAGUGUGGGGCCACGCUGAAGGCCUCAGGAGCCACACGGGAAGAAUCAGUGCCCUCCCGGUCAGAAGAGGAUAUUUUCUCCAACGUAGGAACAUGGGAUAUUGCAGAUGUAAAAUCCUGUCCUGUGACCUUUGGGACGUUAUCAGAUCUGUCCAGGGAUUUAGAUAACGUGAAGAGUAAAUCAUCUGAGGACAGUCCUUCCAGAUGCUGUUGGCACAGCACCUCGACUUUCCUCCCUACAGACGAUGUGUGGCAGGGGCAGGAUGACCCUUCAGCGUUUGACCUGGACUCUGACUGGAAAGCUCCCAUGGAAGAGUGGGGGAACUGGACUGGAGAUGAGGAACAUCAGACAGGGGAGGAGAAGGAGAAGGAUUUGCCAAAAGGCAAAGCAGGCAUUUGCUUCUGCCCUUCUGGACUUGAAAGCAAAACACAGCGGAAGAAGAAGAAAAUGGAAGUGAAGGAAGCAAGGGGUGGAUCCGGGCUGAAGCAUCAAGGUUUGCAAACAAGAAUGGAAGAAGGCCCAAGGGACUUGAUAUCUACAAACUAUAGCAGUGAUGCAGUCUCUGUUUCCUUCAAAAAAUCCUUGGAUGUUGCUAAUAAUUCACCCAGUAAUGGUGUAUCUGGAAAAAAGGAGAGGAGGAAGAGGAAGAAAAUGAAGAAAGAGACUUGAGGGAGUUGUGCAGCUGCCGGAGUGACAACCCGAUGGGGCAGGCAUACUGAUGAGCUGCAAGGAUUCUGCUUUCUGUGAUGCCACACCAAGCCCAAAGCGAAGGGAGACAUCAGGAGACUCCCAGUGAGAGGAAGAGGAGAAGAGGAACAGUGAGCCAGAGAGCGUGAGUGUGUGAGAGAACGGAGAGAGUGAGCAGGCUGUGCACAGGAGGUGGUUUUGAAACAGAGUGGCUGUUCAUUGCAAACUGCUGCCCUUGGUCAAAAGGUGUUGAAUGGAGUUUGACUGGUUGCAUUAGGUCCUUUCAGUUUUUCACUGUCAUGUUAUUUGUCAACUUGUAGUGUUAUAUGCCAUUGUAGAAAUAGUUGGGCUGUACCUGACUGUGGUUGUACUUUGGUCCCAUGGAGGAUCCACCAUUCCUCUUGCAUUUUGGCAGAGAUACUCAUCGACAGGCUAGUAAUGUACAGAAGGAAGCACUGUUCAGAGACAAGGGGAGAAUAACAUGGAUCAUUCUCAAACCUCCUAAAUAUUUUUAAAUCCUUGUUGGCUGCUAUAGUCAGACUUUGCCUCAUACCUUGCCAUAUUUAUACUUUUUACCCCGUGUCAGACUAGCA